AACACACAACUACAUCGACAUAUGAAAAGAAACAAGAGAAAAAUAAACUACGCGGCUCGGCAGUGUACGUAUAUUGAUUCUAUUCUCUGAACGAAUAUUUUCGUUUUAUUCUAAUACAUUUGAAACGGUUCGUAUGGUGCGAUAUUAUCGAUUCCACAACUACAUUCGGUUGGUGUUUCGGUUUGCAUCAUCGCACGUUUCACGUCGUGUAUAGAAGAAGAACAUCGAAUCCCGAAGCUGAACACAAUUCUAGUGUGCCGAACAUUCGGAACGAGAAGUAUCGAUGUGCGUGUGUGAACGUGAGCAAGAGUUCGUGUCUGUGUCUGCCGCUAUUUCGCGCUUCUUCGCUUUCCGACGCAUACACUGACGCCGGCAAUCGAAAAAGUGACGUCAACCAUCCCAAUACAUGCACAUAAUUUCAACCAAUCAACGUUGCGCAUUGGGCGUUGUCGCUACCUCAAAAGCAGUUGAACGUUGGAAAUUCAUCGCAGUCUUCAAUUCGUGUGCGGCAUUUGAAGAGAUAAGUCGAGUUUUCCAAGUCGAGAAGAAAAAAAUCAGUUUUGCAGUUUUUGCAUUUUACAGUAAUUUUUUAUUUUACCAAGUGUUCUAUUUAAAAGAAAAAAAAAACCAAUUCAAAAUGAGAGAAAUCGUUCAUAUUCAAGCUGGUCAAUGCGGUAACCAAAUUGGUGCUAAGUUCUGGGAAAUCAUCUCCGAUGAACAUGGCAUCGAUGCUACCGGCGCCUACCACGGUGACAGUGACUUGCAGUUGGAGCGCAUCAAUGUGUACUACAACGAAGCAUCCGGUGGCAAAUACGUGCCACGCGCCGUGCUCGUCGAUUUGGAACCAGGUACAAUGGAUUCAGUGCGUUCAGGACCAUUCGGGCAAAUCUUCCGUCCCGACAACUUCGUGUUCGGUCAAUCGGGUGCCGGUAACAACUGGGCCAAGGGACAUUACACCGAAGGUGCUGAAUUGGUCGAUUCAGUAUUAGAUGUUGUACGUAAAGAAGCCGAAUCAUGCGAUUGCUUGCAAGGUUUCCAAUUGACGCAUUCCUUGGGAGGUGGUACCGGUUCCGGUAUGGGUACCCUUCUCAUUUCGAAAAUCCGCGAAGAAUACCCAGACAGAAUUAUGAACACAUACUCAGUCGUACCAUCACCAAAAGUAUCAGACACCGUUGUUGAACCAUACAAUGCCACAUUGUCCGUUCAUCAAUUGGUUGAAAACACCGACGAAACGUACUGUAUCGAUAACGAAGCCUUGUACGAUAUCUGCUUUAGAACGCUUAAGCUCACAACACCAACGUACGGAGACUUGAAUCACUUGGUAUCGUUGACGAUGUCGGGUGUCACCACCUGUCUUCGAUUCCCUGGUCAAUUGAAUGCUGAUUUACGUAAAUUGGCCGUCAACAUGGUACCAUUUCCACGUCUUCAUUUCUUCAUGCCUGGUUUUGCACCACUCACAUCACGUGGCUCACAACAAUACCGUGCCCUCACCGUACCAGAAUUGACACAACAAAUGUUCGAUGCCAAGAACAUGAUGGCUGCCUGCGAUCCACGACACGGUCGCUAUCUCACCGUUGCCGCCAUCUUCCGUGGUCGUAUGUCAAUGAAGGAAGUCGACGAACAAAUGUUGAACAUCCAAAACAAGAACAGCAGCUACUUCGUUGAAUGGAUUCCAAACAACGUGAAGACCGCCGUUUGUGAUAUUCCACCACGUGGCUUGAAAAUGUCGGCCACUUUCAUUGGCAACUCGACCGCCAUCCAAGAAUUGUUCAAACGUAUCUCCGAACAAUUCACUGCUAUGUUCCGUCGUAAGGCUUUCUUGCAUUGGUACACUGGCGAGGGUAUGGAUGAAAUGGAAUUCACCGAAGCCGAGAGCAACAUGAACGAUCUUGUGUCGGAAUACCAACAAUACCAAGAAGCCACCGCUGAUGAGGAUGCUGAGUUCGAUGAAGAACAAGAAGCCGAAGUUGAUGAAAACUAAGCGCCCUAACCGUGCGCCACUCUCAGAGUUUCGAUUCAAUUACGAAACAAACAUCAACAUCAACAGCAGCAGCAAAACAGCAUAAACAAAAAUCUCUAUGUAUUUUGUGUGAAUAUAUUAACAGUUGUCGUCAUUAUAAACAAACAAUGCAACGCCCGGUAUUAAAAGAUUUUCGUUUUAAUUUUUUUCAUCAUCGCAUGAAAAAAAAUCACAAAACAAAAUCAAAAACAACAAAAAAAAACAAUUUAUAUUAAUUUACAAAAAAAAAAUUCCUUUUUGCUACUCAACCAAACAAAUCUAUUGCUGAUCAAAAUUAAACAAUAAAAACGAUACCGUACACCUAAAA